AUGGGCUUCAUGGACUCCAUCCGCGCCAAAGUCGAGCUCUAUCGUCUUGAACAGCGCUACGCCCGCAGAGACAAACGCUCAACCUUUACCACCGGCGCCCGCUACGUCGACGGCGAGUACGUCUUUGACGAGUCGCCUGGCAGUCCUACCGGCAGUACUGGAUCCUGGCAGCGGAGUACCAAGUCUUCGAAGUUUGCACCUGCAGUCAAGGUCAAGGAGUUGGUCGCUAGGACUGUGAGGUGA